AUGACGCCCGGAAAGCGCAUGCGGCUCGGCACCAAAAGCUGUAUAGAGUGCCGCCGAAGGAAAGUCCGCUGCAUCCUCCGGACAGACGAAAGCGCCUGCGAGGCAUGUCUGGCCCAUGAGAUCGACUGCAUCGCUCAGCAGACCGGAGGCCGUGAAGUGCCCAGCGACGGGGUUGACGCUCUGAAGCGGCGCUUACGGGACCUCGAGGCCAUUGUCCACAAGCUUCCUCCGAAUGCGACGGUGCCCCCCGCUCCGACUUUGCUGGAGACGAUGCGCCUGUUCGGCCUAUCCUCCACCACGACGCUCGCGCACUCACAGGCGACCGCACUAUCUGCCGUGGGCGGGAGGCCAGUGCCGGCAGCAACGCGCGGUGGAGUCGAGCCGUCAAAGUAUCCGGCCGUCGACAACUCGCCGUUGAUGCUUCUAUUCAAGGGCGCCUCACUACUGGACAAGGACAACGAGCCAGCGUCUACGACACCACCGCCGUUGGACAUCUUAACUGCGUCUAGCAUGGUUCAAUGCCUACAUAGUCUCGUCUCGCUGCUCCCGUCGACGCAGGAUCUUGACCGUAUUCUGGAAGCCACAGAGAAGUACUGGCCGAUAUGGCCGCCAUACCACUACGGAGAGCCCUUGGCAACCGACGUUUUGGGACCCGGAAAUAGGCAGCUGGCGCGACAGAUCCUUGUCACAGUAGUCACCAGCUCCACAGAGCCAGGUCUGAUAGCAAGAUCGGCUCUGUGGGUAGCGCUUUGCGUGCAGCAGACGCCUAGAAGCGUCUUGUCCACUAUGAGCCUUGCCUAUGCUCAGGACGAUCUCGUCGACAUGUACAUAAAAAUAGCAAAGUCACUGCUGCAGCUGGACGCGGAGUGCGGUGGGACCAUCGAUGGCGUCGAGGGCAUGAACAUGCUGUACAAGUUGUACAUCAAUAUGGGGCGGCCGCAAAAAGCGUGGUACUGGUGUCGCCAAGCCAUCACCACGGCCGUGAGCUGCAGCCUCCCCGGCAAGGCGGAGACGCUGAACAUGCGCGCCGCGCAUGCGUGGUCCACGUCAUGGCACUCGGAACGGCUCUUGGCCCUGAUGCUAGGGCUGCCGACGUCCGUCUCGGCAAACCACCCGGGAACGUCGUCCGACUCGCCUUCCGCCCCGUUGAUGAGCUGCAUCAUGUGGUCGUUGGCAGUCAUCUGCGGGAAGGCUAUCGACCGCGACCAGGCGCACUACUCUGCAGUUAGCUAUGCGACAACCGUCCAGAUCGACCAGGACAUGGAAGAGGUAUACCGCCUCUUCCCAGAUGAACAGUGGCUCCCUCUGGCACCGGACAUGUCGCUCUCCGACUGCUGGAACCAGCAAGCCAGCAAGCUCAUCUUCUUCACGAUCCUUAAGCUCGUGCACCUGCCGUACAUGCUCAAGUCGGCGGACGAAUCCAAGUUCUUCCAUAGCUGGGACCGUGCCAUGGAGGCGGCGCGCGGCGCGACGAGAGCAUACACCGAUUUUAGGACGUGGCCGGGCGCCGGUGCAGACCUAUGUGAGCUAAUGGACUUCCAAGCCUUUAGCGCAGCCAUGGUUCUUAUCAUAGGACACCUAAUAUCCCCCGCGAGGGCUACACCACUCACCAAAGAGCAGGACUGGGCGCUCGUCGGAGACGUGUCCCUCUGUCUGCGGCGUACUGUCGCCAUCAUGGACUGUGUCGUCGCCACGCAGGCCGCUCGCAUCCUCGAUCUGGUCAACGCGGCACGGCACGGCGCCUACGUUGCCGACGACGACUACGCCGUAGCCAUCCCCUACUUUGGGAGAAUCCGCAUCAAUAAGAACACAAUCUCGGCAGACAACCUGAACAGCGGCGACAACAGCUGCACCAGCUCUUGUCUUAGCCUUAGUCCUGCACUUCCUAUCGACUCGGUAGCUACACUCACGGACACGCACUUUAACACCGUCGAGUUUAGCACCAACAUCUUCACGCACGAAUAUCCCUUCAAACUCGACUUUGAGACGGAGCUCCGCUCCGACUGGGCGGACCCAGCACUGCUGUACCCGGAAACCGACUGGUCCCAAACAUUUAGAUGCGGUCCCUUCUACCCGUUGGACAGCUAG